UUCAUUGUCUUCGUCCCGCAACGCCUGUGAGCCAUGUCGACGGAACUGCUGCACCCGAGUCUUCCCCAGCGUGGCGCAGGCGGAGAUCGCGGGGACAGCGACCGUAACACGGGAUGCCCACGAGUGAUCGCAUUCGGUCCACCCGCGCAGCGGCAACGUGGAGAAAGCGACACGCCGGGUUUCGCAGGGCGAGGCCACCGCCUGUGGGCCCAAGUACCGACACGUGCCCUUUACGUUCUGAAAGGCGUCCGCAAGGCAGGCAUCUUCAUCAGCAUCCUACUGGGUGCCUCCAUACUCAUCAAGCUCCUGUCGUUGGCCGACGAGACCAUCGCGUGGCGUCACAGCCACGCCUUCGUGCACAAAAGUCGACUGCUGUCUAAGUUCCGCGCACUCUGCGAAAGCCAUGCCUGUCAUCAAUACGCCUGGGAGCUGCAGUCUUCGGUGGACGCAACCCGGAACCCGUGCCACAGCCUCUACGACUACGUGUGUGGCCGGUGGCGUCACGGCGGGAACGCCGUGCAGUCCGUUCGCAGUGUGGCCGAGGGCAGGCUGAUGCAGCAGGCACAGCUCUCCGCGCUGUCUCUGAACGAUUCUGCCGUCACGUCGGAUGCCACAUCGGAGAAGGUGGCCGGGCUAAUACGUUCCUGCAUCCAAGCGAGACGCGACCCUUCCGAACUGGCAGCGUUCCUUAGAGAGCGUGGUGUCCUGCCGUACCACUGGAAUGGUCCGCAAGGCCUACUCGACACCCUGGUAAACUUGUCAGUGAAGUGGGACAUCCACAUCUGGUUUUAUCUGCACGUCGUCUCAGCGUACAACUUCAUACCAGUUGUAAGCAUCCGCAGGAGCCAGCCGCUGGACGAAUGGACGGGCAGGUUUAGAAAAACGGGGAAAACGAAGAAGUACAAGAGGCACAUUGAACGUGUGUUGAGAACAUUGGGCCUCGCGAAUGAAUCACUAGAUGAAGCAGUCAUGCGCGUUUCGUCCAUGGAUGCGCUGGUGAGCCAAAUGCUGCAAAGCGCUGACGCAGAACCAGACAGCGGGGCACUGGUCGUGGACAUUGAAACGAUGGCAGAGACGUACACUCCAGCCGUUACUGCCCAUAUGUGGCUCGGUGCUCUGCAGGCUAAUGAAAUAUUAGGACUGAAUAUCUCGCGGGAGUCCCUCGUUGAGGUGCAGAGUUCAAGGGUCCUCCGUCUGGUGAACACACUCUUUAACUUCGGAAACCACAUGCAAGAAUAUAUAGCAGAGCACAUCGCCUACCGGGUCUUUAUCGACAUCGGAUGGAUGGUGGAUGAUAGCUACAGUGUCGUCCACGGCCGCUCUGUACAAUUCACAACCGACAGAAUCACGACCCGAUGUCUUCGUCAGGUGGAGAAGAUGACUGGCGUUGCCUGGUUCAGCCUUCUGACCACGUUCCACAAGGAUGACCAUCUGCUGAGCAGCGUGCUCAACCUGGCAGUGCCUCCGAACAUCGCAGCAGCCAUUACCGUGCCCUCGGAAGUGUCCUUCUCCGAGGACGUGCUGCCACCCCUGCAGUCCUCGUUCUUCGCCGACUGGCUCACCUACAAGAAAACGAGGCACGAGCUCGCGUCUGCUGGCCUGUACAACAUCCUGCGGCUAAAUGGCGUCGAGGCCGGGGCGUGGUACCGGGAUAUGAACCUGACGGUAGAACCUCUGGUUUUCUCUUACCCGUUCUUCCACUCGCAGCUGCAUCCGGUCGUCAACUAUGCCGGAGCCGGAAGGCUUUUGGCGCGUGCCUCUCUAGGUUUCGCCUCACCCAGCGCUACGACCUCCACGGCCGAGCACAGGGCCGUAGCCAUUGCCCUGCAUGCUUUGCGCAAUACACCAGUGGGCCGCGGUUACCCGAGCAGCAACAUCCAGGACGAGCUGUUCUUCAUGGCAUCGUGCUACGCGGUGUGCGAUGCCGGACACGCAGCGCGACAGAUGUGUGACGAGCCGGUCAAAAGGCUUCAAUCUUUCAGAACAGCGUUUACCUGCACCCUGCCAACAUAGAGCCCACUCGCCAGCAAAGAUUAAGUGACUUCCGUCACUAAACUCUGCCGUCAACGCGGCAUUGCUCUCGUGAAAGCGCCGCUUGUUUUUAAAUUUAACGACAUUGCAAACACGAAGUGACUACUGUUUGCUGGGUGGCUUUCCUCUUGAAUACCCUAUGGUGGUC